AUGUCAAACGGUUACAGCGAAGAAACCAAGAAGUCCUCUGCUGCCGCUGGCGAGAUGGCAGUACUGAGUGUUUACGUAAACGAAUACUGGGCACAAUCAAAGAAGAUAAUUUAAAAAAAGCGUAUGCAUUUGUAUCUCUGGAAUUGCUGGCAGGCCUUAAGGAUGCGAUUUAGUGUGCCCAGGCGAGCAGCAGAGGUGCUCGGCUCUGCCUUCGGAAGAGGGAGCUGCAGCCAUGUUUCGGCUCGGUUCCGGUCCACAUCGUCCAUGACAGGUUACACAGAGCUGGCCCGGGAGCGCUCUAAAACCGUCACCUCAUUUUACAAUCAGUCUGCUAUAGAUGUAUCCGCUGAAAAGCCCUCUGUUCGCCUCACUCCUACCACUAUGCUGUAUUCUGGGAAGUCACCAGAUGGGAGCCACAUCCUUAGCAGUGCCAGGUACCUCCACAUGGAACUACCUGUCAGAAUUGCACAUCGCAUAAAAGGAUUCCGUAGCCUGCCUUUCAUUAUAGGAUGCAAUCCAACAAUACUCCAGGUGCAUGAACUUUACAUUCGGGCCUUCCACAUGUUGUCAGACUUCCCACCUAUUACAGAUCAGGAGACAGAGGUUCGCUACAGCAGAAUGGUCCAGCAACUUUUGGAUGAUCACAAAGAUGUGGUGACUAUGCUGGCUGAAGGAUUCCGUGAGUGCCGCAAGCAUGUGCAGGAUGAAACUCUGAUUCGGAAUUUUUUGGACAAAACAUUGACAUCGCGUCUGGGAAUCCGAAUGUUAGCAACUCACCACCUAAAACUUCAAGAAAAUAAUCCUGACUUUGUGGGAAUUAUUUGUACACGGCUGUCACCAAAGAAGAUUAUUGAGAAAUGGGUGGACUUUGCUCGGCGGCUCUGUGAACACCAGUAUGGUGGUGCUCCACGAGUUCGAAUUAAUGGUCACGUGGCAGCUCGCUUUCCUUUCAUUCCAAUGCCACUAGAUUAUAUCCUACCAGAGCUGCUGAAAAAUGCUAUGAGGGCAACAAUGGAGAGUCACCUUGAUACACCUAACAAUGUUCCUGACCUGGUUGUGACGAUUGCCAACAAUGACAUUGACUUCAUCAUUAGGAUCUCUGACCGUGGAGGAGGAAUCCCUCACAGCAUUGUCGGCAGUGUGCUAGACUAUCACUUUACCACAGCAGAGGAGAGCAAUCAGGAUCCACGAGUCAACAAUUUUUUUGGAAACAUGACCAACAGUAGCUUCAAUAAUGGCCCAAUGCACGGGUUUGGCUUUGGCCUGCCAACAUCGCGAGCAUAUGCAGAAUAUCUUGGUGGCUCACUUACUAUCCAGUCAAUGCAGGGAAUUGGAACAGAUGUCUAUUUAAGAUUGCGACAUAUUGAUGGCAAGGAGGAAAGCUUCCGCAUCUGAGAAACACAAUAAACUUCACUACAACUCUAAGGAUGAUGGGAUUUGAGUGUUACAAGUCACAGACAACUGGUAUCGUAGAGAUUAUUUAAGUGGAUUUGCCAGUGCCAGGACUUCAAGAAAGCCUCAAGGAAUGUGUGAAUGGAUACACAAUUUUUUAAAUCCAUUUUUUUUCUAUGACAUUGGCAUGUAGACGGAUCUUUUUCUCUAUUCUUUAAUGGAUAUAGUAAAGUGCCUUAAAUAUUUUCCAUGUGCUUGUCCACUUCUAGAUCAUUCUGUCCAUAUUUAGUGUAUCUCCUUUGGAUCUCACUGGUCAGACAUCCCAUACAUAUUUGUUUGAGAUGUUUUAUCUUCAAAAAGAACUUGACAAACAUUUAGAGAAGCUAUUUACUGGAACUUGCAGAAAUGAAAGCAAAACUAUAUUUUAACUACAACAUUUCAUAAGCUCUGGGUGUGAUUGAGACAAAUUAUGCCUUUUUAGAGUUCUGUGGGAGAGCAGGCAGUUGCUGCCAAGUGAGUGAAAUAUUUUUGAAAAUAAGAACUGGAACCUAAAAGGUGAAUUCAACAACUUUUUCUAUGUACUGCAAAUGGAAGUAUUGCUGAGUAUAAUCCUCUCAAAGAGAGCUCAUUGUUAAUUAAGCAGUGUGCGCCCUCUAACUGCCAAAAAGGGUAUUUAAUAUUUCUGUGUCUAAAAAACAAUACAGUAUAUGGAAUGAAUCAGUAAGGCAAAAAGAAACUGAGAGCAGUGUCUAGUCACCUAAACCUACCAAUUUAAUUGGAUCUUCAAAUUGUUGUUGUUGUACUAACUUUGUAUUUUGUUUAUUUGAAAAUAUAAUGAUUUGACUUAAAAAAUGCAUCAUGUUUGUAUGUAGCACGAAAAGUGCAAAAUAGAUGUGCUAAUGUUUUUGGUGGCAGUAGGACUGAACAAUCAUGCAAGUAAUGCUUUUAA